AUGUCUCAGAUCGAUCCCGAUUUUGCAUCUAUCAAAAUAUUCGCGACGCAGUACUCUGAUUCCUGGCUUAACGCAGUUAUCAUCGAGUCCUUAACCCACGGCAUGUACACGGCAUUGCUUGCCAUCGUACUGUGGCGAAUUCUGUCGAGCACAACUAUCUAUAGGCGGCAGGUGAAGGUCCUUGCUGUGAUCUCAGUGUUCAUGUACAUCAUGGCAACGAUACACCUUGCUAAGACAUGGUUCUAUACCAGAUGGGCAUUCAUAACGAAGGGAGAGACAGAAGAAACGAGGUACUUCGCCCUCAUGAACUAUAUGGCCACUGGCCACCCUACGUGGGCCUUGACAAUUGGCGAUACUGUGGCAUGCAUCAAUAUAUUGGUUGCGGAUUGUGUUAUUAUUUGGAGGUGCUGGAUAAUCUGGGAAAGGAACUGGAGGAUUGUCGUCCUUCCUUGCAUAUGCACCGUAUGCGAACUUACCUUUGGCGUUUUAGGCAUCCUUCAGCAAAUGGUACCUUUGAACAAUUUGCCGAGAAUUAUUUCAAAGGGAGACUCCAUCAACUGGUCAAUGGCAUAUUGCAUUAUGGCACUACCCACAACAGGAAUGUGUACCGCGCUCAUCGUGUAUUAUCUGGCUAAGGUCAGCAAGACUAGGAACUCCCCAUGCUUCACGCCGAACCCAUAUUACCACGUCAUAGAGAUGCUAGUAGAAUCAUCCGGAUUGUAUGUGGUUGUCCUGGCAAUCUUCAUCGUGUUCGCUGCGGUGGAGAGUCCUUACAGCAGGUAUCCAGGAGCGGUACUUGAACCGGUCAUUGGAAUCGUCACGACGUUAACCCUCCUUCGUGUCGUGUCUAGGAACACAGAUACGGGUCCCCCGAGCGAUGAUAUGCAUUCGCGGCAUUUACAGCACCUACCCAGAACAAGAACGGAAGGCAGUGAAACGUAUGCCGAUGAUAAUGAUGUAAUGAUCAUUGGUCCGGAAAAGACGGUCCAAGUGGUAUGA